UUUAUUUAUUUAUUUUUUUCUCUAGUUCCGUUAUCUCACCAAUGCACACACAUCUGUUACAUUAUAGUGAUGUAUAUUUUUGUUUUUAUCUCAAAGCAACUAAUAAAAAUAUAAAAUACCAUACAAGAGAUAUAAAAAACAAAUCUAUCAUAGUGAAUAAUAAAAAUAACAAAAUGUAAAAACUAACAAUUUUCCAUUAGCUGUCAAAAAUAGAAUAUUAUUUUUAUCGAUCAGCAAGCAUCAAGUGUCAUUAAUAACAUAUUAUUUACACUGUAAUAAUGUCGAGUUUGUAAAUAUAUAUUUUACAAAAGUGAUAAUGGAGUGUGAUUUAUUUACAAUGUUUUACGUAACUUUUAAAAGACCUUUUGAAGGACAACAAAAAUAGAAGAAAAUAAAAAAAAUAAAUAACAUACAACUAUGAUGUGUCAUGUAGGGCAAUGAAAAAAAAAAAGAAGAGAAAAAAAAUAGUCAAAAAAAAUGAUAAUGACAAACACCAUUGCUGUGACAUCAACAAGAAAAAAAUGUAUAAUAAUAUUGAUGGUUGUUUUAGUGCCAUGUGCAAUACUAAAUUUAGUAUCAACACCAGAUAUGUCAGAAGAGACAAUAUUACAAAAUGGUAUUGCUGAAUUACAAGUUAAACUUGAACAUUUACAAUCAAAAUAUAUAAAUAUACAAGAAGAAAUAAAUAUAUUAUCACAUCAAUUAUUAUCACUAACUGAAAAUAGCCAUAACAUUCCAGAUUUACAAUUUUUAAUGCCAAAUACAACAACAAAUAUAACAAGCAUUAAAUUACCAUCAAUAUAUAAUUUUUUACCUCAUAUAUUAAAUGAUCAUAAUAGUCUUAGACCAGCAUUUUUACAAAGUAAAAGUCGUUGUGGCGUUAGUAUGGUACUUGGUGUACCAACAGUUAAAAGAGAUGUACAAAAUUAUUUAAUGUCAACAUUAAAAAAUUUAUUAGAUCGUAUGACACCAGCUGAAGCUGCUGAUACAAUAAUCAUUGUUAUGGUUGCUGAAAUUGAUAUUGAUUAUGUAACAUAUAUUGCUAAACAAAUUGAAGUACAAUUUCCAGUUGAAACAGAUAAUGGUCUUAUUGAAGUUAUAUCACCAUCAUCAAAUUAUUAUCCAAAUUUAACAAAAUUACGUGAUACACUUGGUGAUGAUCAUCAACGUGUAUUAUGGAGAUCAAAACAAAAUUUAGAUUUUGCAUUUUUAAUGUCAUAUGCACAAACAAAAGGUACAUUUUACAUACAGCUAGAAGAUGAUAUAUUAGCUAAAAAAAAUUUUAUAACAACUAUGAAAACAUAUGCAUUACAAAAAAUAAGUAUGAAAGAAAAUUGGUUUGUUCUUGAUUUUUGUCAAUUGGGUUUUAUUGGUAAAUUAUUUAAAUGUGUUGAGUUACCAUGGCUUGUACAAUUUUUUUUAAUGUUUUAUAAUGAUAAACCAGUUGAUUGGCUAUUAGAUCAUUUGGUGUCAACUAAAGUUUGCAGUCUUGAUAAAGACAGUAAACAUUGCAAAAUUGCCAAGGCUGAAUUGUGGUUACACUAUAAACCAUCCCUAUUUCAACACAUUGGUACACACUCAUCACUCAAAGGAAAAGUACAAAAGUUGAAGGAUAAACAAUUUGGUAAAAUAACAUUAUAUUAUGCUCAUAAUAAUCCUGAUGCAUCUGUGGAAACUCAAAUAACAUCUUAUAAACAAUAUACACUUCGCAAGGCCUACAAGGGUGAAUCAUUUUUCUGGGGUUUAUUACCACAACCUGGAGAUUAUUUAAAAUUUAAAUUUGUACAUCCUAUUUUUAUAAAAAAAUAUUUAUUUAGAAGUGGUAAUCUAGAGCAUCCGUUGGAUCAAUUUUAUAAUACAACUGUUGAAAUUCUACUUGUUAAUUCGAAAUCAAUAGAUAGAAAUAGAAAUGAUGUUACUGAGGAUGGUUAUAUUAUUAUUGGAAAAUUUGACAGUCUUGGAGUUGCUCAAGGUACAGUUGAUAAAAAAUAUGGUAAAGUUGCUGUUAUUAGAUUAUCAGUGCAUGGUGAAAGUGACAAUUGGGCAAUUCUAUCGGAGAUACACAUUGUACCAGAUGAAAGCAGUUGACGUACAAAUAAAAGUGGAGGAAAGUUCUAUCGCUACCAAGUGCACUAGUUAUUCGGGAAUUGAAAUAAAUAAAUUAUAUAUAAUUUAAGAAAUAUAUUUAUAAAAAAAACAGUGCAAUCAUUUACAUUGACAGCCAUAAUUAAAAUUAAAAGGUAUUAAAAUACCUGCCAAGAAAUACUACAGGUAAAAAUAAUUUUUGAAUUGAUAUAAAUUUUCUUCCAAUACGUGGUAACAGGCUCUAAUUAAUACUAUUAAAAUCUCUCUACAUUAUAUUCGCUUUGUCGUGAGUUUACUCUAUUUUACUGAUAUUAUUUUUUCUCAUAUAUGUAUAUUUUAAAUACAUAUAAAUAUUUUUCGAGCUUUAACAAUUAUAUUUAUAUAUGAAAACGAAAAAAAAACUGCUGACAAAUCAUAAUACAAACAAAAAAAAAUAGAUACUGAAUGAAAUAAUUUAUAAAAAACAAAACUACUCUAUUUUCAAUGAAAUUUUAAAUAAUUUUCAUUUUAUACUUUGUUAAAGAUUAAAUAUUUAUGUUUCAUAGUCUAGUUAUAUAAUUACAAAACUAAUAAUUAUUUAUUAAGUGUUUAAAUUGUUGUUUAUUUUAAAAUUCACGUGUCAUGAAUUUUCAUCAGUAUUGUAAUUCUCAAUGAAUGAUAUUAUUAUUUUUAAAUAUCCGGUGUACUUAAUUCAGAAUUACUUAUUAACAUACUGUUGUUAUUUUCGUCUUUAUUUUUAAUGUUCUAUUGAAAGUAUUUAUAAAUAAAAAAAGCUUUUGACUGAAACAAUUUCUCUCAGUUUCUGAAUCUCGAAAAAAUAAUUAAUAUUCACAAAAAACUAUUGGAAAUGAACAAAAACAUUUAGUCAUUUAUAAUUAACAAAUUGGUGAUAUUUAUUUUUAUAUUUCGGGUUAUUUAAUGACCAAAAUAAAAAUGACCCGAAAUUACAUAUGGUCAUUGUGAUUAACGAAUGAACAAAAAAUUUAUUAUUUUUCUUUUUUUAAAAUUUUUUUAAAGAAUAUAAAAUGGAGCAAUACAAAUGACGUACUUUUUAUUUACAAAGAAAUAAUAAUAUUAAUUUAACAAGUGAUAAAAAAAUUAAAAUGGUGUAUUUAUUGGUAUUAAAUUAUUUAAUAUGUCGUGGUGAUAAGUUUAGAAUGAAAGUAAAUUCUAAAAUAUAAAGAAAAAAAAAAAAAUACUUAUGUAACAAUUAUUAUACAACAACGAAGAAUGUAAUAUUAAAAUAAUAAUUAUAUGUGUUGUGUUUAUUUGUCUGUAAAUAUUUGUGGAUAUUUUAUUUUGAAUUUUUUAAUUAUGAUUAAUAUGAAUAUUAAUAUUAGUUACAGUAAAUAAUAAAAAUUAUUGUAUACAAAAAAAUUAAAAGAGUAUCUGUUUUGUUGCAUAUAAAAAAUAUUUUAAAAUUGUUCAAUGAUACAAUCUGAAAAAUGUGUCUGCCAGAGCAAGAUUUUAAUUAUAGAUUGGGUCAAUGAAAUUCAGAAUGGCCUUUCUGACUAGACGUUGGGCGCCUCAAGGGUUUUCCCUUUUUUAUUUUUUUUUUAUUAUGUCAAGUUGCACACUGUAAAUUAAUUAAACUUUGAUAUAUUUUAUUUUUUUUAUUGUCUCAAUAUCUUUUGGUUAUCAAAACGCGAAAUGGUAAUG